CCAUCGACCUCAACCUCCCACACAACUGAACAGUCCAGCGCUCUAACCAAUUGAGCUAACCGGGAGGCGGUUUUAAACUUGCAAAGUGUUUCCUUACCGAGUACUGAAAGUUGUUGGCUCUUGAGCAAGCAAAUAAACAUUUCCCAAAAAUAAUACGUUCAACAUGUCGACGAGUUCAGUUCUUAUUUGGAAACAGCGUCCUUACAUUCCAGUCUGAAAGGCAAAAUAUAUCCACGAAUACACAGUUUAAAUAGCGCCGACAUUUCGUUGAUCGAACGAUCGAAAAGCUCGCUAACGACAACAUCAACAUGCUCACGCCACGCAUGAGCAGACGUUUUUCAUCACUCACCCUCCACGAUUGUAAAUCCGCAUCACGCUUCGUAUCAUGGUCACGCAACAAACGGUGCUGACAAUCAGGAGAUUAUCACGCGUCACACUAAAAUAAGUACACUUUUGUCAAUUUUUUUUCUACAAAAAAAAAUAUUUUUGACUGACACCUCUGUUCGUAUCAAGUGCGAGUUUUAGAAACACUUCUAAAAAGUUAAGAAACUGUAAAAUGUGUACGUGACUAAAAUGUCAAAACGUGUAACCCCCCUGUUGCUUUCACGUGUAUGACAUGAUGUUGAUUCAUGACGAUGCUGGUCGUGCGAAGUGGCAGGUAGAUGCAGUGGCAGAGGAUAUCUGCGUGUUCUACUCGUUGAAAAAUGACACAUCCGACUUUAAAGUACUAAAGCUCCGAUAGUGGAUCUCGUAUACAACCGGCAAUAUCAUAGCCCAGAUAGUGGUUCUCGUUCACAAGUGAGGCUUGGUCCAUGUUUUACUCUGGGGUUUUUCUUAGAGGAAAAUGGAGGCGAAGGCUGACCAUGUACUCCUAACAUUUGUAGCUGGAGGAUUGUCAACAUGCUGUGCAAAGACAUCUACAGCUCCUUUGGAAAGACUGAAAAUUCUCUUCCAGGCUCAGAAUGAACACUACAAGAACAUGGGUGUAUUUAGGGCUCUGAAAACCAUUUACCAUAAGGAAGGACCUUUGGGUUAUUACAGAGGGAAUGGUGCUCUUAUGUUGCGGGUUUUUCCAUACGGUGCUGUUCAGUUUGUAUCAUAUGAACAGUAUAAGAAGGCCUUAAACUCCUUGUAUUUUAAUGGUGCUUUGGGUAAGCUGCUCUCUGGAUCUCUUGCAGGUAUUACAGCUUGUUCACUGACCUAUCCCUUGGAUGUUGUACGUUCACGCCUGGCAUUUCAAGUGGCUGAUGAAGAAAUUUACUGUGGAAUAUGUCAUGUAAUUCGCCAGAUUAUCACCACAGAGGGAGGGUUUGCAGCUCUUUACAGAGGUUAUGCAGCUACAGCUCUUUCAAUGAUUCCAGCUGUUGGAUUUGGGUUUUUCACAUAUGAGAGUAUCAAAGACUUCAUACUUUCAAUGAGCGGCCCUUUGACAAAGAAAAACCGAGAGGGUCAAGUAGUUCUAACACCAGUUGGAGGGCUGUUGUGGGGUGCAGUUGCUGGUGCCUCUUCACAGACAGUGGCAUAUCCUCUAGAUGUUGUUAGACGACGAAUGCAGCUUGCUGGUGCAGUGUCUGAUGGCUACAAAUACAGUGGUUGCAUAAACACUUUUGUGACAGUCUAUUUGGAAGAUGGUGUGAGAAAAGGCUUGUAUCGUGGCUUGUCAAUCAACUACUUGCGGGUCAUACCACAGGUGGCUGUCAUGUUGAGUGUUUAUGAGCUUACAAAGCAGUUUCUCAGUACCGACAUGACCACUGUGAGGAGUGAGUGAUCUACUGUCAAUCAGCAAACAUGGAGACUUCUGUGACAUCUGUUCAACACCUCAACUAAAUACAGAAUACUCGUCACUGAUAAACAUGCAAAGUAAAAGCAGAAGUUGCAUAAUCCUUCAGCAUGACAACUAUUGAGAGAAAAUAAUGUAUCUGUUGGUAAGAAGAUUUGGAUUCAGAAGCAGCAGUCAUGCAUGUACUGUAUGAACUAGGCAUUUACAGCUGCACCACAUUGUACCUCAGAAAGUUAAUUGUUAUAAUCUUAUCAUUACAAUCAAUUCACUCUCAAGACAGUACAAAGAACUGAAAGUAAUAGUAACCAGAAUGAAAAAUAACUAAUUUUACUCAAUGUGUUAUUGAUCAUACUGUGGGAUACAUGGAUGCUGACAUGCAUAAUUGUCAGGACAUUGCCCCUGCAAUUUCAUACUUAGGUGUGUGUUCUUGGACAUGAACAAUCUUUUGAAGUACAGAGGGCUUGAACCAGCAUAGGGUAACUUGUGAUUGACUUCUUUCCCAUUUGCUUGGAAAAGUAAUACUCUAAGCCACUGUUACAUGCUUCAGCCUGCAGCUCAAAAAUAGCAUUCACUCGAUCAGAUUAAAGUGCACCUAAACCCAAAAAAUUUUUUUCACUUAACGAAAUAAGUGUAUUUUUUGGAGUAUU